AUGAGCAAACGCAAGAGGUCGAAGCGGUUCUGCGAGAGCAAGCGCCGCCAAGCUCAUGACGGCAAAGCCAAAGGCCCCAAGCGAGCUGAUGCGGCUGCUCAGCAGCCUGAACUAAAGCAAGCUGAUCUGCCUCCUCACCAAGCGGAGCAUGCUGAGCGCGCCGAGAACACUGAGAAUGCCCAAAACGCCGAGGAGGUGGGACGCAAUCAUGGCGAGGACCGAGAAGCUCUCUGGAAUGACUGUGCCAGCGCCGACAUCAUGAUCGCUAGCCGAGGAUUUCACUGGUCGGUUCACCAGAGGGUUAUUGCUGUCGAGGCUCCCCGUUUCUACCAACUCAUCAUGACAAUGGCGAAUGAUGGCCGGAUUGUUGACCUCUCUGCCUGGCAGCCGCAAGUCCUGGGAGAGCUUUUGAGAUUCCUUUACGUCCAUGACUAUAUAGUGCUAGACGGAUACCCGCCCGAACCGUCCAAUCUCCGCUGCGUCCCAUUUCACGUCCACAUGGUUUGCCAGGGAUGGACAUUGCACUUCCCCAGAGAUGCCCUGAGAGAUCUGGUUGUUGAGAAGAUCAACCAGAACGCGCACGAAUUCAAGGCGGCUCUGGAUCAUCGAUUGGGCAAAUGCCGUCUCAUUCUACCCGGAUAUCUCCCCAUUUCUGACUCUCUCUACGAGGCUCUCUUCUUCCUGUACAGCCAGACCGAAAUCAACCUCAUCCGGAAGAUGUUGCCCGUCCGAGCGGCCCUUUGCCGCCUAGUAGACAUCGCUCUGCCGUGGCUGCUCGAGCAGCCUGGAUUCCCGGGUGUUUUCAAUUCUCGUUGGGUCCGGGGCCCCGUCGGUUUCGCUUGGCAGCGCGACCAUUACAUCUUCAGCAGGAUCGGAUGCAUGUUCCCUAGCUGGAGGGAACCCACCAUGGUGGAAUUUGAGCAGACGGUCAAGGACGUCGAGCAAGGCCCCCAUUAG